AUGACCCCACCUAUCGUUACACACAUAUUGACCAGUGUCCUCGUGUUGCUCCAAUCUAUCGCCACGGCAUUAGCCACACCAGCAUUCGAGGUUGCCGGACCAGUUACGGAGGUUGUAGGUGCCGUGCUCGUGCUCGCUAAUGAACUUGUCGGUGGAGGCGAGGGGAAAUUGGCAGAGCUAGUAGUCGUGAUGGAAAACGUUCCAUUCGGAGAACCGCUUAUCAAAGAACUUGCCCCACUGAGCGAUGUGAUUGAGCUACCAGAUGCAGACGUCGAACCAGACGCAAGUGUUGAUGUAGCUGCUGGUGCUCCCUUGAGCCAAUGCGAAAGCAAGAAAGGACAGAAUCACGAAAACAAGGGAAAGCCAGGGAAAUAUCAGCCGGACUGGAAUUACGGAGUUGAACGCAAGACGCCGAGGUGA